AGCGAAAGAAGGAAGAAAGGGCAGGUUGAGAGUCCGUUGGGGAAGCCCCACCCCGCACUGAGCUCACCGGGCCCCCGCCCUUGGCCGUGGGGCGGCUAUAAAUCCGCCCCGAGUGUUGGGUGCCUCUGGGGCAAAGCCAGACGCUGCGGACUGCACUCCGAGACAAAGGACGCGGCGUUACGGCGAGGACGAAUACAUUUUUCGGAAAAUUUGCCUAGAACUUGGUCAGCCAUGUCGAUGGGUUUGGAGAUUGGUGGUGCGGCCCUCUCAAUCCUGGGCUGGGUGGGCUGCAUCCUGUGCUGCGCCCUCCCCAUGUGGCGGGUCACGGCCUUCAUCGGCUACAACAUCGUGACGGCGCAGUUCACCUGGGAAGGCCUGUGGAUGGACUGCGUGGUCCAGAGCACCGGGCAGAUGCAGUGCAAGGUCUACGACUCCAUGUUGGCCUUGCCACAAGACAUGCAGGCCGCCCGGGCGUUGACCGUCAUCGCCAUCGUCCUGGGCGCCUUGGGCCUGCUGAUCUUCCUCAUGGGGGCCCAGUGCACCCGCUGCAUCGAGGACGAAGCCACCAAGGCCAAGGUCACCAUUGUGUCUGGCGUCAUCUUCCUCGUGGCCGGAGUCCUGACCCUCAUCCCGGUCUGCUGGUCGGCCAACCAAAUCGUCCGCGACUUCUACAACAGCCUGGUGCCCGAGGCGCGCAAGCGGGAGCUGGGCGCGGCACUCUACAUCGGGUGGGCCGCCUCCGCGCUGCUCCUUUUUGGGGGCUCGUUGCUCUGCUGCUCCUGCCCCCCCAAAGAGGAGAAGUACCGGCCCACCGUCGCCUACUCGGCCCCUCGCUCGACGAUGGCCAGCUACGACAAGAAGAACUACGUGUGAAGCGGGCAUCGACGUCCACCAGGAUGGGCGCAACAGACUCUAGAACGUGGACAACCAUAGGCAAGGGAAUGUCGAGGACAGUGCUCCGAAUCCAUCCCUUUGGCCCUCGACCUCUCACUAUCUUUUGCAGAUGAGGACCAUUUGAUUCUGCUCCCCAGACAUUGGCGGGCACUUCUGAGACUGGCGUUGGGAGGGUCAGGAAUAGGGUCGGAAUAAGGGUCGGAAUAACCUAGCAUUCCCCGAAGAUUGGGAUAUGGCGUCGUCAUGUCCGUAACCCAGCCAAUUGGGUAAUGGGAUCGUCGUGUCCUGUCCUGUCCACACACAUGUACAUGUGGAUGCCCUUCUUGUAUCUAGUUUAUUACCAAUCAGGGAGCGGGGAGGAGAGUAUGGGGUGAUUAUUUGGUGGUGGGGACACGCCAUAAAGUGAGAAUUCGUCACAUUAAUGGUUGAUAGAUUCAUCCACCCAAUGGUUGAUUUAAUGCUGGGGAUCCAUUAGGGCAGUGUUUCUCAACCUGGGGGUCGGGACCCCUGGAGGGGUCACGAGGGAGUGUCAGAGGGGUCACCAAAGACCACCAGAAAACACAGUGUAUGAGAAUUCGUUCUUUUGAUUGUAGGUGAACUAUAAAUCCCAGCAACUACAACUCCCAAAUGUCAAGUUCUGUUUCCCCCAAACUCCACUAAUGUUUACAUUUGGGCAUAUUGAGAAUUCGUGCCAGGUUUGGUCCAGAUCCAUCAUUGUUUGAGUCCACCGUGCUCUCUGGAUGUAGGUGAACUACAACUCCCAAAACUCAAGGUCAGUCCCCACCAAACCCUUCCAGUAUUUUAUGUGUUCCAAGUUUGAUUCAAUUUCAUCAUUGGUGGAGUUCAGAAUGCUCUUUGAUCGUAGGUGAACUAUAAAUCCCAGCAACUCCAACUCCCACAGGACAAAUCAAUACCCUCCCCCAAUCCCACCAGUAUUCAAAUGUUGGUGUAUUGGGUAUUUGUGCCAAAUUUGGUCCAGUGUAUGAAAAUGCAUCCUGAAUAUCAGAUAUUUACUAUUCAUAACAGCAGGAAAAUGAUAGUUAGUAAGUAGGAAUGAAACUAAUUUUAUGA